AUGCUCAUCCGUCUUCGGUUCAAUAAUACCAAGCGCCAUAACUUUGUAUAUGUUCCACAACAACCAAACUCUUCUUCUAAAAAAGAAAGGAGUGGGAAAACGCGAAAGUCAAACGAUCCAGAUCAAGUUCAGACUAGACCCUCAUAUCGCUUAAGUACACCUCAAGCAUUGACCCCAACCGAACCAUCACCCCUAAAGAUAUGGAUGUCACGGUCCCUCAGCCCCGCAGACGAACUUCCCCAUCCCUGGCAAACGCUAAAACGAACGCAAAACGGGUGGCUGAAACCCAUGUCCGCCAAGCCCGUCUCAACGUUCUCGAAUGAGCCGGCUAUGGUGCGCAUAUCUGCCGAUAUCCAUAGGAUCGCAAAUCGCGAGGGAGGGUUUGAUGAGGGAUUGAGUGCAGUACAUACAGAGACUAGGAGGUACAUGCAUGCGUCCGUGCAUGAAUUCCUAUUGCCCGAACGAACUACUGAAGGAUUCUAA